AACUUACGACUCAAGGGCCCUGGCAACACUGGUGUCCACAGACCGCAUCCAAUUCCAAUUUUAGGUUAUAAAAGUUAAUAAAACUUUUGUAACUUUCCGUUCAAGUCAAGACUAAAUAUUUUACUUUCAUUACACAUCAUACGGCAGUUAUUAAUUUACAAAGAACCCCUGUGUAAGGUCAACAGGUUAUAAAGCUCAGUGACAACAAUUGCCACAAAUAAUCAUCAGUUGGCUAUAACACUAUUACAAAACAGACAUGUCUUCAGCUGGAAAAUUGGCGCUUUUGAGCGUGUCAGAUAAGACAGGCUUAGUAGCUUUGGCGAAGAGUUUGUCGGACCUUGGCUUCCAACUGGUCGGCAGUGGUGGAACUGCUACUACAAUUAGAAAUGCUGGUCUCUCCGUGUUGGACGUGUCGGACAUCACCAAGGCGCCCGAGAUGCUCGGAGGCAGGGUGAAGACCUUGCAUCCGGCGGUGCAUGCUGGAAUUUUAGCUAGACUUUCAGAUUCCGACCAGGCGGACAUGAAACGUCAACACUUCGAUAUGAUAAGCGUUGUUGUAUGCAACCUAUAUCCGUUUGUUGAGACUGUGUCCAAGCCCAGCGUGACAAUCGCCGAUGCCGUCGAGAACAUAGAUAUAGGCGGGGUCACCCUGCUACGUGCCGCGGCUAAGAACCACGACAGAGUGACCGUCGUAUGCGACCCUAGUGACUACGAUGUUAUAGUACAGGAGAUGCAGAAGAAUAAGGACCACGCUACUGCUCCGGAGACCAGACAGCGCUUGGCUUUGAAAGCAUUCACGCACACUUCGGAGUACGAUCUCGCCAUAUCGGACUACUUCCGUAAACAGUAUUCAGCUGGACAAUCUCAAUUAACUUUGAGAUAUGGAAUGAACCCACACCAAAAGCCGGCUCAGGUGUUCACAACCCGCGACCGCCUGCCGAUAACGACGUUGAACGGAGCGCCUGGCUUCAUCAACCUGUGCGACGCCUUGAACGCGUGGCAGCUGGUCAAGGAGUUGAAGGAGGCGCUGGACCUCCCCGCAGCUGCUAGCUUCAAGCACGUGUCGCCAGCGGGUGCUGCUGUGGGCCUCCCCCUUACGGAGGAAGAGGCGUCAGUGUGCACGGUGUCAGACCUGUUGCCGCAGCUGAGCCCGCUGGCGGCGGCGUACGCGCGCGCGCGCGGCGCGGACCGCAUGAGCUCGUUCGGCGACUUCGUGGCGCUGUCGGACGAGUGCGACGCCGUCACCGCGCGCAUCAUCGCGCGCGAGGUGUCGGACGGAGUCAUCGCGCCGGGGUACACCGCAGAGGCAAUGCAAUUACUCAAAAAGAAAAAGGGAGGCAAUUAUUGCGUUUUGCAGAUGGACCCUAACUACGAACCAGAUCUUAUGGAACAGAAAACAAUAUUCGGCCUUACACUGGAACAAAGGAGGAACGACGCCAAGAUUAACGCGGAUUUGUUCAAAAAUAUUGUCACCAAAAAUAAGAACUUGCCUGCGAACGCUGUGAGGGACCUUAUUGUUGCGACGAUAGCUCUCAAAUACACUCAGAGUAACUCUGUAUGUUAUGCUAGGGAUGGACAGGUGAUCGGCAUCGGCGCGGGUCAGCAGUCGCGCAUCCACUGCACGCGGCUGGCGGGCGGCAAGGCGGCGCUGUGGUGGCUGCGGCGACACCCGCGCGCUCUCGCCGCGCCCUUCCGCGCCUCCGUCACGCGCGCCAUACGGGCCAACGCCAUCGAUAACUACGUCAACGGCACCAUCGGUACCGACUUGCCACUAGAGCAGUGGCACUCUUUGUUCGAGGGCGAAGCGCCGCCGAUGUUGUCAGACAAGGAACGUGAGGAAUGGAUAAGCAAGCUGGACCAAGUGGCGCUAGCGUCAGACGCUUUCUUCCCAUUCAGGGAUAACAUCGACCGCGCCGUACAGUGUGGUGUCCAGUACAUCGGUAGUCCUGCAGGAUCUAACAACGACCAAGAAGUCAUUGAUGCGUGCAACGAACACAAAAUCGUGCUAGCUCAUACCAACUUGAGAUUGUUCCAUCAUUAAAAUAUCCUCUCUAAUAUGUUCCUGAUAGCUGAUAUAAGCCAAGAUUUCUAUAAAAGAAGAAUUUUUGUCUCCUAAAUAUUAAAAAAAAAAUAUUAAGGUUUGAAAAUAAUAAUAAUCUAUGAAGUGCAAUUAUGAUUUAGAAGUAAAUAUUAUGUAUUAGCCACGAAUAAGUGAAUUCUAAGUAUAUUUCCAUUCCAAUUAUAUUUUAUGGUCUUGAUAUAAAGUUGAAAAUAUUCCUAAUUUAAAAGGCGUAGUCUUGUAUACAUAUGUAUCAGUUAUAUUUUUACAAUAUGAAAUAUGUAAGAUACCUGCCAUAGUACUAGAUAUAUUUGAACAUAAUAAUUGAUUUCGUAAAAAGGGUAAACAAGAAAGCUCGUUUAUCAUUCGGUAGGUAAGCACUAACUGAAAAAAUGUUAACGCACUGUUUAUAUAAUAUGACAAUAGAAAAAAAUAUAAAGUACUAUGGUAUUGCCAGAGGGAAUCAGAAAAACAUUUCUUAAAAUGUUUUUCAGGUCCAAUUAUUUUCCACAGGUUUUCCAAAUUUAUUUUAGUGCAAUAAUACAGUGUAUGAUGUGAAUGGGAUCUCUCGCCAGUGCAAAAUUCGACGACCUUUUUUAGGUCACAAUAAGAUUAUAUUAUUUGCAAAAGCUAUCUGUAAAAUAGCCUUAACAACAACUAAGACAAGGCAAGUCGGUCCCUUUCCUUUUGGGCCAGCAGACCGUGGAUCUUUCUUGUCAUACCAUCAUGUAGUUACGCCCCUAUGUCAAAGGUAUUCGAAUUUAUAAUUAAGUGAAUUCUGUUUUUGUGAUAUAAUAAGAAAACUAACGCGAAAUUGAAGAAAAAAAUAUCAUGAAUCUCGUCAACCAGCAGCAUACAUUUUUCAGUUCUAACCGCAUUGUCUUCCAUACUAGUUUAUAUUAUAUUCUAAGCAAAAAUAUUUUUUCUGUUUCAAUAAAUAAAUAUUUUAAGAUGUAUA